GCUGGACUGUCGUUCGGACUUUCAAUGGUCCCGGGUUCAUACAUUAAUUAUGAACUUUUAAUGCGAAUCUGAAUCAUAGCGUUGUGGUAGAAAAUAAAAAAGGUCUUUUGUCCAUUAUAGCAACAUGGCGGUGUUUAGUAAACCUUUGACCGUAACACAUACAUGUUAUGAACUUGGUCACUGUUGGACUCCUUAUUGCAGGACAGCAGCACUGGAUAUUGCACGUCAUGUUUUCAAAGAAGCUAUCAAAAUUUAUGGCACUCUUUAUUUUAUUGCUGCUCUUCUCCGUAGGAAAGAUUCAAAUUAUUAUAGGAAAAAAUUGAUUCCUGAAACACUGAGAUCCACCAUUUUUCUUACUAUUAAUGGAACAUUAUUCAUUAUUAUGUUCUGUGCUUGGAGACGCCUGGUUGGGUUUUACCUGUUUUAUAACGUGUAUUUGUGUGCAAUACCUGCAUGUAUACUCUCUCUUCACCUAGAACACAAGAGCAGGACUGUAUUGGGAUGUAUGUUUCUACUCACCGCAUCCUUCCUACCGGCUUACAUGGCGGCUUUUACUGCUGUCUGCUUGGAGAGAAAAUCAAGACGAGGUCAGCUUGCUGUAUAUCUCACAAAUUUAGCCCUAGAGACAGGAUAUCGCAUGCUGGUAGAGAGACAACUGAUCACUCCAGUACAUAACGGCGAGGUUUAUAUCUUCAGUUUAGUCUCAGCUAUUUACCUGUAUCUAUUCAGGAAACAAAAUGGUUUGCCAUCCUCAACAGUCUCAUUAUUUCGGUUCAUUAUGGGCUCUGAGGAAAGUUUUAAAGACAGUCCAUCCCAAGGAGCCUCUCUGGACUGCCAGCAGGUCAAGCAAGCUAGCAAGACUAAAAACAGAAAUGUCCUAGAGAGAUCUUCUGGUGGACUAGUGGAGAGGGUCAAGUCACGGCUGCUAGCCAUUCCAUUGGUUGGUGGUUUCAUCCAGGAGGUGUUUAGUCUGGUGUCCAGUGGCCUUGACAUCGUAGAAGAUCUACCUAGGCAUUUGUGUUGUCCACAUAAAUAUAGUUGUCUUUCAUAUAUACUCAAGGGUGGCCUCAGGAUGUUCUCUUUAGGCUUCUUGAUGCAGGCAGCACUCAGCACUUUCUCUUCUUUCACUGCCAUUGUAAAGAAGCCAACAGCUAUUUUUAGAACAGUCUUUAACAAAGUCAACACAAAGCUGGCAUUGUUUUUAGGAAGUUAUUGUGCAAUAUUUAGGGCUGUUAGUUGUCUACUCAGGUGGAUGAGAAACAAAGAUUCAGACCAACAUGCAUUGGUAGCAGGAGCUCUGGCUGGUUUCAGUUUGAGAUUUUACAAAAGUAUCACUAUAGCUUUAUAUGCAGCAACCAAACUUUUAGAGAUUCUCUACUUCAAAGGGAUUCAGUUGUAUAAAUUUCCUUACUUCAAGUCAGCUGAUAUUUGUAUUUAUGCCUUUUCAACAGCCUUCAUAUUUCAUGCUGCUGUCAUGGAACCACAUACACUCCGACCAGCUUAUUGGAAAUUUCUACUCAGGGUUACAGAGAACAAGUUCUCUAUGAUGAAUCGUCAAUUGUUGGAUGUGUUUGGUGUACAUUCCUCAAAGUUAUAUCCAGACUACUGGCCAAAUUAUGUGCCAGGUUUCACUCAGCUAACCAAAGUGUCCAAAUGAAACUGCUGAUUUACUGCUUCAUGAGAUUCAAACCACUAAAUGUCCCAUUGUUCACUGGAGUGUAUGCAUUGUCUAUGCAAUGAAUGAAUUUUGUAAACUUUCUUCAUAAGGAAACAUUUGCUGUCAAGUGAAGAGAUUCUUUUGCUGUGUUCAAUAAAUGAUUUGUACAUUGCAUUUUUUUUUAUUUAGAAAAAGUAUUUGUCACUCUGUAUCUUUGUUAACAAAAUAAGAUAAGAAGGUAAAAAAAUGUUUUUACAAUCAAAUUUAUUAUAAAGAAAAAACUGGAGGGUAAGCCUAGAUCAAGAUUACUUAGAGAUUAUAAGGAAACAUAUAUUUUUGUAUUUUUUAUAUAUAUAUAUAUAAAAGUUUCUUUGUGUUUACAAAUUACAAUAUACACUUGUGAUACUAGGCAAAGUGUUUUUAAUUAAAAUUGUUAAGUUUAUUUGUAAACGUUCAAAUGUGGUAAUUCUUUCUUGAAGGGUAUAAGUUAAUUUAAAAGAAAAUAAUAACUGUGAUUAAACACAAGAAAAAAGGAGUUCUGAGAUAUAAAUAAUGUGAAAAUCUAUUCCAAUCUGGUUUAAAGUUUCUUGCUAAGAGAAAAAUAUUAGAAAAUGAAUGAAAUUUUAAAAUAAUAAUUUUCUUGUAAGCGCAGAUAAGGAACUUAUUUUCAUUCUGAUUACUUUCAGAUACAUCUGCCAAGACUUAGUGCAUGUUAUGUUCUUAGAUUAAUUUUAUAUUUCAAAGCUUUUUUUUUAUAUUAGCCCCCACCCCCUUCCCCCGGGAAGUGCAGUAAUUUUGUAUUCUAUGCCCUAUAAAAACUGAAUAUUUAUGAUACAAUUUCUGGUAGGAUGCUUGAAUUUUUCUCUAUACAACUUUGAUUCAAAUGUUCUUGUUAUCUUGAUGUAUAUGUGCACAAAUUUUGUUUCCAUUGAUCCCUCAGAAGAAAUCAUUGUUUGUUGUGCAUUUUGUUCAACAUUUCAAGUCCAUUAAAAGAUCAUUCCCCAUAACCA